AUGUUCGGAGCUAUAUCCAACCCAGCCGCACAAACUGGUGGCAGUCUAUUCGGAAACACUGCAAACAAGCCCAGUGCCUUUGGAGGAUUAGGCCAAAGCACAAAUACCACUGCCCCAGCGACUGGUGGAGGGUUGUUCGGUCAGCCACAGAGCCAGCCCCAGCAGCAAGGCGCGACAGGGGGACUUUUCGGCAGUGCAGCUACAGCCCAGCCAACGCAACAGACAGGUGGCUUGUUUGGCUCGAGUACUGCACAGAAGCCGGCGGGUAGCUUGUUUGGAGGUGGCCUAGGGCAACAACCGCAACAACAGCCUCAGCAAACUGGAGGUCUGUUUAACAAUGCGCCAAAGCCAGCUGGUGGUCUUUUUGGCGGAGGCCUAGGGCAGUCGACUCAAGCGCAGCAGCCUGCGGCUGGUGGAGGACUUUUCGGUGGUGGUCUUGGUGCUAGCACACAGCAACAACAGCCCCAGCAACAACAAAGCAACGCAUUCGGUGGAUCACUGCUUGGUGGGCAGCAACAGGGACAGCAGCCCCAACAAUCGCAGUUCGGACAAACUACCAUGGUUCAACCACAAGGACAACAGCAAGAACAAUCGCUGUCGUCGAGUUUGUGGUCUCCUGGUCGUGCUAUCACAGGAGUGCACCGGACCGUUCCUAUGCAGAUGUCCAUUGUCAAGGAUAAAUGGGAUGCACCUAACCGUGAUUCGCCGUUCCGAGCCUACCUCUAUAACAAUGUAGGGGAAGAAGCUGCGCCGUUUUACCAGCCGGGCCCUGAAGAUGAUGCUACUACAUGGGAGGCGGCUCUGCGCAAACGCCCAGACCCAGGUUAUGUCCCUGUGCUUGUCAAGGGCUUCUGGGAGCUUGGUAAGCGUGCGCAGCGACAGAAGGAUUUCCUCUGCAUGAUGCAGGCACGCCUUCACGAAAUCAACACCUGUUUGACCGACCUCCUCUCGCGCCAUGACCUUAAGAUUUCCCUCAAGAUUGCCGACUGUCGACGAAAGCACAUGGUUCUCAGCAAGCGUUGUCUGGCACUAGCAGCCAAGACCCAAGUGUUGCGCAACCGAGGCUAUGCGAUGGAUGAGGCGGAAGAAGAACUCAAGAAAAAGUUGGCCCAGCUUGAACGCUCUGUCUUUGAUCCAUCUCUCAACGGCCGAGGCGAGGAGAUCUGGGCUCGCAUGUUGGCUAUUCAUGAGCAAGGCAAGCGUUUGCAAGCGGAGAUGGAUCGUGCCGGAAGUAAUACGGCAGCAAAUACGGAGGAUGAAAUUGAUGAGCACACUAUGAAGACAGCCAAGAAGGUGAGCACCAAUACUAUGAACCAGACCCAGGUUCACCGACUGACCGUACUGCAGAUUCUCGAUGAUUACCAUGCACAGAUCCAGCAUCUACAGAAGGAAUUGACUGCGGUCAAGAAGGACUUUGACGAAGCCCAGAAACUGAACGGGAACUGA